AUGGUUUCCGCAGAAUUUGAACAAAAAGCUAACACAGUAUCAAACUUGUCCAAGAGACCAAGCGAUGAUGAGUUAUUGAAACUUUACGGUUUGUACAAGCAGGCUACAGUGGGUGACAACACAACUGACAAGCCAGGCACUUUUGAUUUUAAAGGUAAGUACAAGUGGCAAGCAUGGAAAGAUUUGGAAGGUACCUCCCAAGAAGACGCCGAGAAGAAAUACAUUGAAUUGGCCGAUGAAUUGAUCAGCAAGUACAACUAA